UACGUUCAAAUGUUUUUACAGAUUCUUCCUGUCAACACUCCAUGGUGCAUUCCGGGAGCAUAGGGAGAAGAUGUUCCGACUCCUGCAACACUACCUGGAGGCAAACACUUGUCGACGUCGGCUGCUUAUUGAGUUCUUCAGUAAAGAACAGGCUGCCAACAUGACCCCCAACAAGCGAUGCUGUGAUAACUGUUCCUCGAACAAAAUUAUCAAACCCAAAAUUCCAGAGCUGGAUUUAAGAGAGGAUGUCCAGAAGUUGCUAGGAGCAGUGAGAGUCUUGGAUGGAAAGUUUGGAUUGGGAGUUCCUAUUAAAUUUUUGAUGGGAAAGAAAGAAGACCGAAUAUCGAAUUCAUACACCCGCCAUGCUCUGUAUGGUAGUGGCAAGGAUGACUCUGAAAAAUGGUGGAAAGCAAUUGGAAGAUUGCUGGUUAAGGAAGGUCUAUUGGAAGAGAAAGCAGUUUCAUUUGGAAAUCGAUUUGCUAAAGGGAGGUUUCCUUGUUCAACAACAGAUAUUACAACAGCUGGUGAGCGGUUUUUGACUAUUGGAGACGAAGAUGAGACUGUGCGACUCGUCCCAACUCCUGAAAUUAUGAGUUUGGCUGGAAGAAAGCUUAGACUAGCAGCCGUGAAAGCAUUCAAAGAGAAAGCACAAAAAGUGAAAAGUGCUAGAAUUUCAGGACCAACUGUUGUAAGAGAAGAUGAACAAAUAACUAAGAACCUGAUACCUCUGUCAGCCAUAGAACUGAGCCAGGCUAUAUCAGAGAAUGAGCGUUGUGUGUCGAAUGAGGAAGCCCAACUCCAGAAUGCUGUGUACACCGGAUUGAUGUCUUUACGCAGUGCCUUGGCAGUAGAGAUGGACUGUAUGCCAUACAUGGUGGCCAACAACAAGACUCUACUGGAGCUGGCUAAGCUGAGACCCACCAACAAAGAACAGUUAGCACAAGUUGAAGGCUUUGGUCAGGUGAAAGUGGACAAAUUCGGAGAUGCUUUCCUUGCAAAAAUAAAGGAGCUAAGCACACAAUGUGAGAGUACCAUCACUAUGCAGCCCCAAUGUAUCACUGCAACUGAAGAAGAAGCUAAAACAGUUUCACAAGCUACCACUUCAUUUGAACAGCAAAAAAUUUCAAGUAAGAAGAAAGGAGUUUCAUAUGAAAGUGAUGAAGAUGCAGUUGACGUAAAGGAAGAAAAUCAACUUUGGGAAGACGACAUUGAUGAGAGCUAUUUGGCAGAAAUGGCUCUGGAUAACUCGAUUCCACCUCUGGCAACUACUUAUGUCAAGAUGGAGAAAGAUCAGACUGUGUGUGGAGAUGAGAAUGAUGUGUGGGGUACAGGGGAUGAUGACUGGGACAAUGAUCUAGAGACAAGUUUGGCCAAAGCUGAAGAACAAGCUUUGUCCAGCUCACAGUUGAUGUCUCAGCGUACAGUUAAGGUAGACAAGAAGAGACCGAUUGUAUAUGAUAGUGAUGAAGAUGUGCAUUUGACAAGGUCUUCACCAAGUAAAAAACGCAGUAAUUCAGCAGUCCUGAAAUGUCAGAUGACUCCAAAAGAAUUAGAAGUUGAAAAGAAACGCAGACGUAAAAUGAAAUUAAAAAACUUGCUUGCUUAAAAAAUUGUUAUAGGUAAAUAUAUAUAAUAUGUACAGAAUCUUUGUUUAGUUGUGUAUUUGUUAUUUAUUGUUUUAUAAAAAAUUUCGUAAUUAACAUUUUUUACAACUUUUGUUUGUAUUCCUUAAUUAAGUACACCCACUCCUCCAAUUUUCUCCCCAGAAGUAAGAAUUUAUUUAUUUACAGUCUUUAAAAUUACAAAUAUUGUCAUCUAUCAUACUAAAUUAUUGGUAACAGUAUUGUAUUGUAUUGUGGAAAUUAAAAAUGACACAGAUUAAUAGCAAA